UAUUAUAAAGUGGAUCAGAUCCAUGUGGUAUUUCUUCUUCGAAGGCCAAGAAACUUACCGAUAAAUCUUGUGCAAAGGCAAAAUGGAUUCGCUUCCGGCACCAAAGUCUGUUGUUGCCUAGUCUGCUUUCCAUUCACAUUUCGUAAUUCGUAUAGCUAUCAAGAUUUUGGAGAUCAUGUAUACUCGACUGGUCACACCGAUCGUAUUCGGAAACCCUAGAAUGCGGCGUUUUUAGUAGCAGAAUCAUCGGAUUUAGAAGCACAAGAAUGGGGAAGCAGAGCCCGCGGGCGGUGUCCAUUCAGAAGAAGCGGUGGGGGCUGAUGAUUCUGGCUAUAUUUUCGCUUUCUACCGUAAUGGUGUUCAUCAUGAGAACCGAUUCCUGCACCACAAGUGCCAGUAGUGGUACUGGCAGUAUUACCGACAGUUUUGGAGAAGAAAAAGAUGCAAGCUCGCAGAUAUACUCAGCAGCUCAAGUCGGCGGUGCAACACCAAAUCCACUUGAUUUCAUGAAGUCCAAGCUCGUGCUCUUGGUUUCCCACGAACUCUCUCUUUCUGGCGGGCCUUUGUUACUAAUGGAGCUUGCAUUUCUGUUAAGGGGUGUGGGUUCGGAGGUGGUUUGGAUUACUAAUCAGAAACCAGCGGAACCAGACGAUGUUGUUUACAGUUUGGAGCACAAGAUGUUGGACCGAGGGGUGCAGGUCUUAGCUGCAAGGGGCCAAAAAGCUAUUGAUACAGCUCUUAAAGCUGAUUUGGUCAUUUUGAAUACUGCUGUUGCUGGGAAAUGGCUGGAUGCCGUUCUCAAGGAAAAAGUUCCUAUUGUUCUUCCAAAGGUUUUGUGGUGGAUUCAUGAAAUGAGAGGACAUUAUUUCAAAGUGGAGUAUGUUAAGCACCUCCCUUUUGUUGCAGGUGCCAUGAUUGAUUCACAUACAACUGCAGAAUACUGGAAGAACAGGACUCGAGAGCGUUUAGGGAUUAAAAUGCCUGAAACGUAUGUCGUACACCUUGGAAAUAGCAAGGAACUAACAGAAGUUGCUGAAGAUGGUGUAGCCAAGAGAAUUCUUCGUGAGCAUGUCCGGGAAUCUCUUGGAGUGCGGAAUGAAGAUCUGAUAUUUGCCGUCAUUAACAGUGUUUCACGUGGGAAAGGUCAGGAUCUGUUUCUUCGUUCCUUUCAUGAAAGUCUACAGAAAAUUAAAGAGAAGAAACUGCAGGUGCCAUCAAUGCAUGCAGUUAUAGUGGGAAGUGAUAUGAAUGCUCAGACGAAGUAUGAGACAGAACUGCGGAACUUUGUACUGGAGAAUAAUAUUCAGAAUCAUGUUCAAUUUGUCAACAAAACCCUUACAGUAGCUCCUUAUCUGGCUUCCAUUGAUGUUCUUGUUCAGAAUUCUCAGGCCCGGGGAGAGUGUUUUGGGAGAAUAACCAUCGAAGCAAUGGCCUUUCAGCUGCCUGUUUUGGGCACAGCAGCCGGAGGCACCAUGGAGAUAGUGGUGAAUGGGACAACAGGGUUGUUGCAUCCUGUUGGGAAAGAAGGUGUAACACCUCUCGCAAACAACAUUGUCAAAUUGGCCACCCAUGUAGAAAGGAGACUAACGAUGGGAAAGAAGGGAUAUGAGAGGGUGAAGGAGAGGUUUCUGGAACACCACAUGUCCCAUAGAAUUGCUGUGGUUUUGAAGGAAGUUCUUCUGAAAGCAAAGAGCCACUCUAAUUCUUAAGACUUUCAAUGGCACUUGGAUCGAUCGAAUGAAAAGUUGCAUUCUUCAUUCAUGACUGAUGUUAAAUUGUGGCUGUUUUUAACCUAAAAUUUCCAUUGUUUUAUCUUAUGGUGAGAAUGUAUGACUUAAAUUCUCAUUCCAAUGGACUCUAAUUCCUUAGCCA